CAAGUGCAAGUCCUUCUACAUCAUGUCAUUUCGUCUUUCUUCUGCCAUCCAAACUUAUUCUUCAAACAGCGAACACUCCGAAAACGGAAGGCAAAAGACGACAGCGAGCCAGUCAUGAUGCUGUGGAAGCGAAACAAAGUAUGCCCGCCCAAGGCAAUUGCAUCCAAGUCCGCCAAGGAUAUUGCAACACCCGACUCAACCGUCGAUGGCGAUAGCGAGGUCACUAUCGUUGCACCUCCUGUCAUUCCAGGCCGAGACCCAGACUUCGGUACCAGCACCGCCAUCAAGACCUUCUACGAAGGCAAGAACAGCCGGAGCGGCCACUACGACUGGGUCGAAACACCACCCAAGCAACUUGCCGUCAAAGUUGCCAAGGCCAACAAUCGUGUUGCAAUCAAGAUCUUCAAGAUCAAGGAUCACGAACAGCCAACUAUUUCCGGGAAGACUCCCCUCAAGAUCCACAUGAUCGAAGUCCAAAGCUCUCUUCUCGUUGCAGCACUGAAGGAUAUCGUCAAGGAUGAGGGCAUGUUCCUCGAGACUACCGAGACCGCGAAAUUCAAUGAGCCAUUCAAACCUCUCUUCUUCUGCUAUGACAAGAUCAUGGCUUUGUAUGAGAAAAGAUCAGAGGGAAGUCUGCUCAAGGAACAUCUCGGACUCUUGGUCCAAGUCAUGAGCGAGCUGUUCGGAGGCUUUAUGUCUCACCUCAAGCAUCUUAACACCAGCGGUCUGAUUUCGUAUAAACUGGCCUGGACCUACUUCGCCAAAGACACUAUGUUGUUUAAUGCUUCCAAAGACGCCGAGCGGGUGUGCAAAGUCGUUGGGACUUCUUACCAAUGUGGCAGUCCACAGGAGAGACCGCAUCUGCUGAUCAACUGCGAGGAAAUAGCAUUUGAUGGAGAGUGUUUCGCUUGGAAGCCCAUUGACUUCAAAAUCCCUCUCUUUGCUGGAAAUCUUCCUGUCACCGAGCUUCCCAAUUACCCGCUGUCAUUCCACGCUGAUCAGGAAGGAGUCAAGGAGAGGUUGGCGGCGAGAGCGAAGAAAACUUUAGAGUAUCAGGAUCUUCACUAUUGUGAAUACUCUGGUGUGGGCCUCUUGCCAACUGGAUGUGGUUUCCAGAGACACAAUGUCGCAAGCCGCAUCCUCAUCGAUUUCUUUGGGUACCAAAAGCACCAAGAAGGCCUCCAACGAAACGAAACCAGCUCUCGUAGACGCCGUACUCAACCUCAAGCUCCGCAACCCCCAGCAACCCCUGCUGCAGAUGCAGCUUCGAUCUCGGGACAAUCCACAAAUGCCAGGUCACUGUCGAAAGAGUUGCAAGAGGAGAAUAAACAGGAAAUACUUGACAGGAAGGAAGAUCUGGUUUUCGUGUCCCCUCUUCUUCGUGGAUUUGCAUUGAAGAAUAAGCUCUGGCUCUACUUCUACGUCGACGAUAUUGAACCAGUUGUCUGGAACGACGAAGCUUACGGCCACUUGGUAUAUCCCGAGGAACAGAAAGACUUGGUCUUGACUUUCGUCGACAAUCACCAACGCCUUAAAGGUGGUGUCGACGAUGUAAUAAUGGGCAAAGGGCAAGGUCUCAUUCUCCUCCUCUCCGGUCCUCCUGGCACUGGAAAGACACUCACGGCUGAAGCUGUUGCCGACAAGACUCGUCGUCCCCUGUAUUACCUGCAAGCUGAAGAUCUCGGCACGAACGCAGCCCAUCUUGGGCCGAAGAUCAAGAAAGUGUUUGAGAUGGCUACAGAGUGGGACGCCGUUAUUCUUCUUGACGAAGCAGAUGUCUUCAUGGCCCAGCGAGACCCAGGAGAUAUCGCUCGCAACGAGUUGGUGUCGAUAUUCCUUCGCGAGCUAGAGUACUUCAAAGGCAUCAUCUUCCUCACCACCAACCUUUACUCCACCAUCGACGCCGCGUUUCGUUCCAGAGUCAACAUCCACCUAGUGUUCAAGCCCCUGCCGUUCUCUUCUCGUCUUGUCCUAUGGCAGAAAUUCUUGUCGAGACUGCCAGGGCCCGAGGUUCAGGCCAAGGUUAGCAAGAAGGAGAUGGAUGAGCUGGCUAAGUGGGAGUUAAAUGGACGUGAGAUCAAGAACGCGAUUAAGACGGUUAGAACUUGGUGUGUUUGUAAGGGGUUCGAGAUGAAUCUUCUCAAGCUGGAAAGUGGGAUUAAGGUUACGGCUCCACAGGCGGAGAAGAGCGAGGUGAGAGACUGAGGGGAGGUGGCAAUUAAUAAAGAGGUGUGGGUGAAAUCAAGGUUCUGUGGAAGCAUAAUGCUGUUAUAAUUCUGCAUGGUGCUUGAUGGUUGCCCUGGUUGCCAUUUCAUCCUUUCUGGUUAGCUUCUUGCUCUUUCUUUGGUCCGUCUGGUUGAUAGAUUAAAUUAAGUUUCUGUGUUUCUGUUCUUAUGGUCCUGCUUUAGGUAUUAAGUGUGAUGCUUAUCCUGGGAAAUGCAGGGACUUGCUUAGCAGCAUAAGGCCCAAUAUCAGGCUUGGCAGAAAUACCUAAUUUCCGGUAUUAAUAGGUAUUGAUGCCAGAAUCG